CAGUCCUACAUGAGAAUAACACACGUUAAAAGCAGACGUGUGGUCGUAUACUCGGAUUUAUAUAUAAAUAAUUCGAAUCAGUAUUAUAUUGAAGCAAUUAUUAACAUAGUGUAAUAAACAAAGGAUUUCCGGUGUAAAUCUCCGGGGAAGAUGCUACUAGCGUUAUGUUUUUUAGUUCUUGUAAGGGCCCAACUCGGAACUUCGCAAAAUGAGGGUGAAGCCUGCGUUGUCAAACACACGAACACACGUGGGGUGUGCAAACUCGCUUCUAAAUGUCAAUCGGCCAGAGAAGAUUUCCAAAACAAUGGAAUCAAACCAACCUUCUGCACGCAUUCCUUUGAUUCUAUACUCGUCUGCUGCAGCGACGGCAGUUCAAUACUAAACACGGCACAGGUAUUCGAUCGCAGACCGGUCUGGAAUCAAUUCUCUCAAACAAAUAACAAUCAAAACAAACGACUCAGCGAGCGAAAAUGUGACGAAUAUAGUCGGGGAGUCACACAGACGGUCAACUUCAUCGCCCUGAUGCCUGACCCCGACGCCAUGACCUUGGUCUCGCCGAAGUGUAAUUAUGAAAGCGUCCAGCUUAUCGUGGGAGGGGAGAACGCUAUCCAGGGUGAAUUUCCGCAUAUGGCUGCAAUUGGCUGGAUUGAUAUUGAGGGUAAUUAUGCCUUCCAAUGUGGGGGGAGUCUCAUCAGCUCUCGCUUCGUGCUGACAGCUGGUCAUUGCAUCAAAAACCCAAAGAUGAAAGAUCCAAAACCAUCCAUCGUGCGACUUGGUGAUCAAAACUUGGAUCCAACAGUUAGUGAUGGGGCUAGUCCUGUUGAUAUACCAAUAAAGACCGUCCACAAGCACCCCUCUUACAAAUCACCGGGCAAAUAUAACGAUAUAGCCUUAUUUGAGCUGAACAGCGAUGUCGACUUCGAAUCAGCGAUCAGACCUGCGUGUCUUUGGACGAAGUUUGACUUCCCUGGACAUACGAAGGCCGUGGCUACAGGAUGGGGCGUGACCAGUGCGCGUAACAGAGAAACAUCGAAGGAACUGCAGAAGGUGUCCUUGACGUUACUGGAAAACGACCACUGCGACGUGCUCUUAAAUGAUACGCACAACAGACACUGGGCAGGAUUCGUUGACUCCCAGAUGUGCGCUGGCGAGCUACGUGGAGGGAAAGACACGUGUCAAGGUGAUUCCGGAUCUCCUCUCCAAGUUGCAUCAACACAGAACAAGUGUAUUUUCCACAUUGUCGGCAUCACGUCGUUCGGUCGCCGAUGUGCCGAAUCUGGCAGGCCAGCAGUUUACACCAGAGUCUCCGUCUAUUUGGAUUGGAUUGAAUCGAUCGUCUGGCCAGGAGAAUAAUUUAAAAAAUAGUUUUAUAUUUUUAAUACUUUAUUA